GGGGUGGUAACACCUGUUGCUCCAGGUGCAGGUGUGACACAGAGCUGGGAAUGGUGGUGUGUGAGGAGUCGGGCUGUAAGCCGGGUGAGGUGUGCACAGUGGUGAAGGGAGUGCAGCGGUGCGUGGCCAACAGGCAGUCCAUCUGCAUGGCCACUGGUGAUCCCCACUACACCACCUUCGAYGGGCACCGCUACGACUUCAUGGGUACCUGCAUCUACCUGUUGGCUGGGCUGUGCUCCACUGACCCCACCCUCCUCCCCUUUGCUGUCACUGUGGAGAACAAUCAUCGUGGCAGCCACCUGGUCUCCUUCACUAAGGGGGUCACUGUGGGGGUGUACAACAUGACCCUCAGCCUCAGCCAGGAACAUCGCCAGAAGGUCAAGAUCAAUGGUGUCCUGUUGGACGUCCCUUUCACCCACAACCACCAGCUCCAGGUGUCCCUCCGUGGUGUYCACGGCAUUAUCACCACUGACACCGUGUAGUUCCAGCUGUUGGUGGAUGUCA